GUGUAGAAAUGGCGGAGCGGUUCGCUUACUUUGGUAUAUCGUCAAACCUGAUAAUGUACUUGACCGGACCAUUGGGUGAGUCAACAGCUGCAGCUGCAGCGAAUGUCAAUGUUUGGAUUGGAACGGUUUCGUUUUUGCCGCUACUCUGGGGCUUUCUCGCUGACUCGUUUCUCGGUCGUUUCCGUACUAUCCUCAUCUCAUCUUCUCUCUAUAUCUUGGGACUUGGGUUGCUCUCGUUUUCAGCUAUGAUUCCUUCUCACUGUGAUCAAGAUCAGAGUCAACGCGUCUCAUGUUCUUCUCAGCUCCAAGUGACUCUCUUUUUCUGCUCACUGUAUCUUGUAGCAAUAGGACAAGGCGGUUACACCCCGUGUAUUAAGGUAUUUGGAGCGGAUCAAUUCGAUGGAAAUGAUCUAAAAGAGGCAAAGGACAAGAGUUCUUUCUUCAACUGGUUGAUGUUUGGAAACUGUAUUAGCAUAUUGACGACUCGUUUGGUCUCUACCUACAUUCAAGAGAACUUAAGCUGGUCAUUAGGAUUUGGUAUCCCAAGUGUUUUCAUGGCGGCUUUAAAGAACAGAAGACAACCCAAUUUAGAUAUAGCUAAUUACUCGAACGAGACCGGCCUUCUCCUGGCUCACCAAAGUUCCAAACAGUUCAGAUUCUUGCAUCGAAGCUCUGAUUCGCUUGAAAUCACCUCCGUUAGAAAGUAUAUCACGGUGCUUAGACUUGUUCCCAUAUGGAUAACUUGCUUAGUCUUUGCCAUUGUAUUUGCACAAUCCCCUACUUUCUUCACAAAGCAAGGAGCCACAAUGGACAGGUCAAUUUCAUCAGGACUCUUAGUCCCUGCAGCUACACUCCAAAGUAUCUCUAGUCUAUCAAUGGUCGUUUUCAUCCCAAUCUACGACCGUCUUCUUGUCCCUAUCGCAAGAUCCUUAACUCAAAAACCAUCAGGAAUCACAAUGCUUCAAAGGAUCGACACAGGGAUUUUCCUCUCCAUUCUUGCUAUGGUAGUAGCCGCCUUGGUCGAGACCAAAAGGCUCCAAACCGCUCAUGAUGAUGUCACAAUUCUAAUGAGUGUGUGGUGGCUGGUUCCGCAGUAUGUUAUCUAUGGAGUCUCGAACGUCUUCACAAUGGUGGGUUUGCAAGAGUUCUUCUACGACCAAGUUCCUAGUGAGCUUAGGAGCGUUGGUAUGGCUCUGAAUCUAAGCAUAUACGGGACCGGAAACUUCGUAAGCAGCUUCAUGAUAUCAGUCAUUGAUAAAGUCACAAACCAAGCUGGUCAAACGAGCUGGUUCAAUAAUGACUUGAGCCAAGCUCAUCUAGAUUAUUUCUACUGGCUACUCGCUUGUCUCAGCUUCAUUGGUUUCGCCUCCUACUUGUGGUUCGCCAAGUCAUAUGUCUACAACAGACCAAACACCUUUUAAAGCAUUGUCUCCUCUGUUCUGCCAGCUAAAUUGGGCUUGUGGAUUCCACAACCAAGGAAAUAAGCAUUUCCUAUAAAUAGUAAGUCUUAAUAUUUGGAGUUACUUUUAUAGAAAUACAACUAGUCUUAAGAAAUCAAUCAUGUAAAAUUAAAUAUUAUCAUAAUAUGAUAUAAUACUCUAUUGCUCUAUAAAAUUAUAUAACAAAUGAAAAAA